UGACGUCACUUACAGAAAGUGCAGAGCGUCUUUGGCCUUUACAUCGGGAUCGGACAGCCGUCUGCUGCUUCGCGAGAACAUCGUCUCGUCUUCAAUCAUUUUUAUCUGGAAACUAUCAACAUGGGAAACUGUCAGCCAACUGUUUUCCCUUAUGAUGACUUUGACGUUGUUGCAGACAUAAAGGCCAUUCGUAAAGCCUGCAAAGGUUUAGGAACUGAUGAGCAAGCCAUCAUAGACAUCCUGGCCAAUCGAUGCGCAUCACAGAGGCUGGAUAUCAAACAGGCGUACUUUGACAAAUAUGAUGAUGAGCUGGUGGAGGUUUUGAAGAGUGAGCUGUCGGGAAACUUUGAGAACGCCAUCAUUGCCAUGUUAGAUCCUCCCCAUGUGUUUGCUGUUAAAGAGCUCAGGAAGGCCAUGAAGGGUGCGGGCACGGAUGAGGAUGUCCUGGUGGAGAUUUUGUGUACCGCUACGAAUGCUGAGAUCGCCACUUACAGCGAGACCUACACCCAAGUGCAUGAUAGAGAUUUGGAGACAGACAUUGAAGGAGACACCAGUGGGGAUGUGAGGAGGCUGCUAACCUUUCUUCUUCAGGGUAACAGGGACGAGAGCUAUGAUGUGGACGAAACGCUGGCUGAGCAAGAUGCUGUCUCUCUGUUUGAGGCUGGAGAGGUUGGCUUUGGCACAGAUGAGUCCACUUUCAGCUACAUACUAGCCACCAGGAACUAUUUGCAGCUGCAGGUCACAUUCAAAGCCUAUGAAGCCAUUUCUGGAACAGAGAUUUUGGAUGCAAUCGAUAAAGAAACAUCUGGAACUCUAAAGGAUUGCUACACCACACUAGUGAGGUGUGCAAAGAACCCCCAGCUGUUCUUUGCUCGGAGACUGAACGCUGCGAUAAAAGGAGCCGGCACUGAUGAAGACACUCUCACCCGCAUCAUUGUGUGCCGCUCAGAGAUUGAUCUGGAAACCAUUAAAGACAUGUACCUGGAAAAAUAUGAUGUGUCCCUGAAGGAUGCCAUCUCCUCGGAAUGCAGCGGAGAUUUCAAGCGCCUCCUGCUGGCCGUCCUGCACUAAGAGACAACACAUCAUACCAUUGUGGACCAAUGAGGCUUUCACUAUAGUCACAACCAAGGCCCGAAGUAGGGCUUGCUGCAUCCUGUGCUGGACAUCCAACUCUGCCCACAUCCACGUGUGAUGUCAGAAGCCAUGCCCAUGUCCAGGCGGAACAGGAAGGGAGAGUCACAAGGUGACGUAUCAGACAUGGGAUGGCUUCUGGCGUCACACUUGGUUGUGGGUAGGAUUGGAUGUUUUGUGGGCCGUGUUGGAUGUCCACCACACGCUGCAGCGAGAUGCUUCUCUGUUCUAUUUUCUAAAGCACAUCUUUACACAAAAGGUAAUUCACACAGGCAUCUCUUUCGACAUCUCGUAUUUAAUGUCGGAUUUAAGUGCUAGAUGAUGAAUAUAUCAUUUUUACCCAUAUAAUCAAAAAUUGCCCCUCAAACAUCAGCUUGUUUUUAACUUGACCAUGGCUGUGGUAUAGGCGGGAUAAUCCACAUCUGUGCAUUAAAGGAUUUUAAAGCACUCCGCUUCGCAAUGGGUGGUAUUUCACCUCCAUGUCGUGCAUUAAAAUCCUUUAAUCGACAGCUAGCAGUGGUUUAUCCCUCGAUCCUCUCGAGUCCAAUAUUGAGUCUACUUAUGUCUAAUCUUGAUGUUUUUAUUACACUGUGCAAAUAUAUGUGUCUCGUGAGCAGCUGUUUUUAUAAACAGGAAUGUCUGUCCACACUAAAUCAUUUCUUUGACUUGUUAUAUAGAGGCAGACUUGACCAGGUGAAUUUAGUUAAGUGGAACCAUGCCGGCUUUAUGUUAGGAAUGGGAUAAGAAUGAUACAAGACCAGCAUUAUAUUUGUUUCCAAAGGAUGGUUGUGAGAUGUUUCCUGCCAGUAUUUUUCCACAAAUUGUACCUCACAGUUUUACUGACUGUACCAGAAGUUUCGCUCAGUGCAAUGUGAACUCUGAAUUCUGUGGAUAAUUUUAAGUAUGUGAAGAAACACUGAAGUCCCAAUGUAAUAUUUUACAAUCAUGCAGCAAACAAUUGCCUAUUUAUAGACAUCUACUGUAUAUGCUAAUAUUUCCACAUGUGCAGUUUUAUGUGAAUGUUCAUUCACCUGGUCAGUAAUAUUUUAACUAACACAGCCAUAUUUAUUUUAAUAUACUGUAGUUUAUAACUUACUGUAUUAUAUCUUUAACAAGGCAGAGUAUUUGAGUUGCUAUUGUUCUCUUAACAAAUGUACUUUAUUACCAAGUGUUUAUUCAUUGAAAUAAUUUGAAUUUAUGAAUCACAAUUAAUUGAUUAAAGAUGUGUUAUUACACUAUUAGAAUAUGAAAUCAAGUUGUCCCAGAAGCCUGUAUGGAAACAAUGAAGACUUUGUAACUUGAGAUACUGCUGAAUGAAUAUCAGAUAAAGUGUGGACCAGGAAUUUCUGAUGUAUUAACAGAAAACCCUGUAUUCUAGAAAAUAUUUAACUAAAUAAAAUAAAGUGUUAAAAUGCCUAUAGAGAAUAA